AAUGGUACAACGUGUUGUCAAAUCAACAGAGCAGUAAGUGGAGGAGUGUCAAUAUUGCAUUGGAAAAAUGGCCAUACCAAGGCAUGUCGACUUGCUGCGAACGCUAGUGACACUUCGUUAUGCUCAUAGAACUCUUCAACAGAAGCCGCGUUGCUAUGGUCGUAGGGUUGUACUCGUGGACGGUGUGAGGACGCCAUUCGCACAGAUGGGCACAGAUUAUCAGGACCUAACACCCUACGAUCUAGCUAGGGGCAUUCUGCAGCUGGUUCAGAAGAAGACCAAUCUAAGAAAAGAGCUCGUGGAUUAUAUCGUUAUCGGUAGCGUCCUUCAAGAAAUUAAGACGUCAAAUUUGGCAAAAGAGGCAGCGCUUGGUGCAGGCUUCCCGGACAUAAUUCCAGCUCACACACUCGCACAUGCGUGCUUGUCGUCUAACCAGGCAGUCACAACUGGUAUGAACCUGAUCAGCUCGGGUGUCUGUGACACGGUCCUAGCCUGCGGAGUGGAACUCAUGUCAGACAUCCCGAUACGACACAGCCGCAAGAUGCGACAAAUCAUGCUUGAGUUUAACAGAGCGAAAACAUGGCGGCGCCGGGUGGCACUCCUUUCCAAGAUGACCGACCCUUCUGUGUUCGCCCCAGAACUUCCUGACGUGGCGGAGUUCUCGACCGGUGAAGAAUAUGGCCAUUCUGCAGACAGACUGGCCGCAGCAUUUUCAAUAUCUAGAGAGGAGCAAGACGAUUAUGCUGCGAAUUCUCAUCGGAGGGCCCAGGCUGCUGUUGACAAGGGAUACCUGGUCGAUGUCAUGCCUUUCGGUAUUCCAGGAAGUGAUGUAACGAUUACCAACGACAACGGCAUACGUCAUACCUCAUUCGAAGCCAUGACAAACUUAGAGCCGUAUUUCAUUAAACCUCACGGAACUGUCACAGCGGCCAAUUCUUCGUUUCUAGCGGAUGGUGCGGCUGGUUGUUUGCUAAUGUCAGAAGAGUCUGCCAAGCAACAGGGGUUCGUGCCUAAAGCUUACAUCGGAAAGUAUAGCUAUGUGGCCCAGGACCCCAAGGAUCAAAUGUUAUUAGGAGAAGCACAUGCGAUACCAAGAGUACUAUCAUCGUCUGGAAUGACCCUGAAAGAUAUAGACCUUUUCGAGCUGCAAGAAACAUUUGCGGGCCAGGUUUUAGCCACCAUAAAAUCCCUGGAUUCUACGUGGUUUUCCAACAAUUGUUUGGGUCUGCAGGAAAAGGUCGGUCUCCUACCAGUAGAGAAGCUUAAUAGCUGGGGUGGAGCAAUUGCCCUGGGUCAUCCUUUCUCCGCCUCUGGCAUUAGGAUACUGGUGACACUAGCAAACCGGCUCCUCCAAGAAGAUUGUAGCUUGGGACUUCAUGCGAACUGUGCGUCAGGCGGACAGGGGCAUGCGAUCAUCCUUGAACGGCACCCCGACCAUCCCGGCAACGCUUCAUGAUAUCAGUAGGAUCCGUUUUUACGUCUGAUCUUGGCUUUCCUGUACAUUUAAUAA